GUAAAAGAUCCCAAUACCUGGUGCAGCCACGAAUCCCUAAGGUCAAGUGCAGCUGUAGAUGGAGACAGGGAGCUGUCCUGGGACUGGGCGUCUUCCUGACAGUUCUGGCACUAACACUGGUGGUGGUUGGCGCCGUCAGGUCACGUGAGCACACGUCCCUGAAGCUCUUACAUAUAAAACAGCCAGUGGAUCUGAAAUCAAUAAUGUACUUGAGUGACGAAAACUUUACAUUUGCCCAGCUGAGGUCACUCACAAACAUGGCCGUGGAUAAACCGAGCUUCCAGUCAUCCACUGCCAAACGGGAACCUAACAAAUCCGACCACGAGCUCUGGCAAGCAGCAAACGCGGUCGACGGGGAUACAACAAGUUGUAGUAGCACUGGACUUGAGCGACUGCCGUUCUGGUAUGUGGACCUCCUCAGUGAGAAGACUGUGUCCAGUGUUAGGGUUCUGGGCAGCUCUUUCAAUCGACUUCAUGAUCUCAGUGUCUACGUGGGCAGGACAGGUAAUGACACAGAUACAGGGAACAGGUGUGGCACGCUCACAGGUGAAUCUCAGGCAACUGAAGUCAGAAUUGGCUGCUCCAGACGAAAGAGAGGCAGAUAUGUGAUUGUCGAGCUGCAGACACGCGCCGACACAUAUGAGAGCCUGGUCCUGUGUGAGGUGAUGGUGUUUCAGUGA